AUGGCCAAAGCUUACCAUAGUCGUCGAGACCAACAGGUCAAACUGUCUGGACUUGGACUCGGUGCAGUCUACGAGACUCUCAUCGUGGAUUUCGGGGGUCCCGGAGAGCUCCCAAUACAGAGGAGAGUGGGUGGUGGCAAGCGAGAUGUGCGGAGAUUUGAAUUGGCACCUGGCGACCCUCCACAGAUUCGUGUUCAUGUUGUCCGUGACCGUGGCUGGCGGAUAGCUGAUGUUGUGGUACCUGGUGUCACCCAGGAGAGAAUCGUUUCCUUGGAUUCCAGUUCUGGGCCCGCUCCAGCACCGCCUCCACUGCUACCUCCGCCUCCUGAAUUCUUGAGUACAUAUCGCAAGCCCACUCCGGAGGAACUCGAGGAGAGAGCUGCUGCUAUUGUGCAAAAUGAUAGGGAAGAACUUGUUGGGCUAUGGGAGUGGUGUCGAGAUGCUGAAACUCAACAUCCAGGCAGCCUGGGUCCAGAAAAGUGGGCCGCGUACAGUGCUGACCAUAACCACGAGAUAGAAACAGCUUUCAGAAGUGGUGAGUUGCAAGCAGACAUUGUGAUCGGAAUUCGCAGCUACGAAGUGCUUUUCGAAGGAUCGACUAUGCACGGAAAGCAGGUAGACAAGAAACAUAAAAAACGACGGUUUGUUCGGCGAAGAGCUGUUCCUGUCGAAGAGAAGGAAGCGGCCCUACAAAGUGGGGAAGCUGCUGUGGCGACAGCUGUUGCUCAGGAUCCUUCUCUAGCUGAAAAAGAAUGUGUCAUUUGCGCGGAAUCGUUCGCAGAUACGUAUGCCAUGCCGGUGGUUCGACUGCGAGAAUGCGGACACAUAUUUCAUGGAGCCUGUGUUCAAGACCUGGCCGACCGGAAAAAAACUUGCCCUUUUUGUCGUGCUGAGGUGAAUUGGCGCAACGUCGAAGAAGUUCUGAUGUUUGCUGGAGAUUCCAACAUUCAGGUAUGCAUGAAUUCCUGGCUUCAGCUCCUCCACUUCACAGGCGUCCAGCAGAGCCAGCGGCAGCACGUGCGACUGCGUCACGGAGUACUUACACACCUGCGCCCAUUCUCAAUUUGACACAGGCUGCACACGAGCCCUCGCCUUAGCUGUUUGGUUUCGAUGAAGAUCAAAAGAGUUGACCUCGGAUUUCUACAAUCCAAGGCCUCCACUACCUCCACCGCCUCCACCACUACCUCCUGGUGUCGAAAGCAUUUGGCUUCCAUGUCAGUGCAGAGUUGCCUGGUGG